CGUAGUGCCCUUUUCUCAUUUAAUUAAAAGAAAGAAAAAAAACGGAACUUUUCGUCUCCUCUUCCUCCUCGGCGAUUAUUGCAGUUAUCGUCGUCGUCCUCCUCCUCCUCGGCGACGGUGACGACAUCGGAGGGGUGGUGGUGGUGGUUUACAUUCUAGGAGCUUUUAAUUUUUCAUUUUCGAGACGGGUUUCGCUGAAUUUUCCUCAUCGGAAUUCCCAAUUUUUCGUCCACCUUUCUUUUCUUCUGCAAAAUCAUCGUUCUUCCCCAUGGAUUUGUCGCAUUUGUUGUGUUUGAAGCCGUAAAGGAACCGGGAAUUUUUCUGGGGACAGACAAAAUCUCAGCAGAAAGUGGGUAUUUUUGAGUAGCAAUGUCGUUCAAGAACAUAGUGCGUGAGCUUAGGGGAACACGCAAUGAGAGGAACAAGACCAUUGGUCGUCGAGGGAGAUCGCACAUUGCUCCAGAAGGAUCUGCGUCUUCUUCUCCAUCGACAGAUGAAUGUUUAGAUCAGAGCAUUUGGGUUGAUUUGCCUCCAGAGUUGCUUCUUGACAUAAUCCAUCGAAUCGAGUCUGAGCAGACUUCGUGGCCGGCGAGGAGAGACGUCGUUGCUUGUGCCUCUGUUUGCAGGUCGUGGAGGAAGAUGACGAAAGAAGAAGUUCUCAAAGUACCUGAGCUCUCUGGUUUGCUCACUUUUCCGAUUUCGUUAAAGCAGCCUGGUCCUAGAGAUGCUCCAAUUCAAUGCUUUAUCAAACGUGAAAGAGCUACUGGAAUAUACCGUCUCUAUCUCGGUUUAAGCCCUGGUAGCUUACUAAUCUCACCUCUUAUGAAUUUGAGUUCGGAGUUUGGAGUUUUGGGGCUAUAUAUAUCAUCCUUUUCUGUACCAUUUGCAGCUCUUUCCGGCGACAAGAGUAAGCUGUUGCUGUCGGCGAAGAAAGUCAGGAGAGCGACUGGUGCUGAGUUUGUUGUGUCGUUCUCAGGAAGUGACUUCUCGAGAAGUAGCAGUAACUACGUAGGAAAACUGAGAUCUAAUUUCCUUGGAACCAAGUUCACAGUCUACGAAAACAAACCUCCUCCGGUUGAUUCUAACCGUAAGCUCCCACCAUCGAUGCGUGUGUCUCCAUGGGUAUCAUCAUCUACCCAUAGUUACAACAUAGCUUCAAUCUUGUAUGAGCUGAAUGUCCUUAGAACCAGAGGUCCAAGAAGAAUGCAAUGUAUCAUGCACAGUAUCCCGGUUACUUCGAUUCAAGAAGGUGGGGAGAUUCAUUAUCCAGCUGAGUUCACAAACCAAGGAAAGAAGAUGAAGAAAAAGAAGAAUCCGCUGAUGGAUUUCUGCUCAGGGAACAUGGGAGGAGGAGAAUCCGUUGUAAAGGAAGAACCAUUAGUGUUGAAAAACAAGUCGCCGAGAUGGCACGAACAGCUUCAGUGCUGGUGUUUAAACUUCAAAGGUCGAGUCACGGUUGCAUCGGUGAAAAACUUCCAGCUAGUUGCAGCUGCUGCAGAAGCAGGGAAGAACAUGAUGAACAUACCAGAAGAGGAACAAGAGAGAGUGAUAUUGCAGUUUGGGAAGAUAGGCAAAGAUAUUUUCACCAUGGAUUAUCGUUACCCGAUCUCUGCAUUCCAAGCCUUUGCCAUUUGUUUAAGCAGCUUCGACACGAAGCCUGUCUGCGAAUGAAUGAAACUAAAAACAUUCUCGAAUUAUAUAUUCUCUAAUUUGCAGUUGUUGUGUGGGUUAAUGAAUGUACAUACUUUUCCUUCUUGGUU